AUGGAUCACGGAGAUCAUGGCAAUGGAAAUAAUAAUUUUAGAUGUUCGAUGAAAAUGCUUUUCAACUGGGAUACUACGAAUCUUUGUAUUAUAUUUUCUUGGUGGAAAGUAAACGGAAUUCCACUCUUGAUUCUCUCUUGUUUCUUUGUUGCAUUAAUUGGAGUUGUUUAUGAGUUACUAAAAUACUUGUCAAGAAAAUAUGAUGAAAAGAUAUACGAGUCAUGCUAUCGUCAGAUUAGUAAUGAUGAAGAAGAGAAUCCACCCGCUCCUGUGAAUCGUGUUGUCAAAUUGAAACGAUCACAACAAUUAAUUCGUUCAUUUAUCUACGCCAUUCAAGCGUUCAUAUCUUUCUUUAUUAUGUUAAUAUUCAUGACAUACAAUGGGUUUCUUAUGAUCAGCGUAGUUAUUGGUGCAGGAAUUGGUUUCUUCUUUUUCGGUAAACAAACUGUUUCAAAUAGUGAAGAGGAAGAUAUAGGA